AUGGCGCCAGCUCGGAAGUUGCCGAAGUUGACGAAGCAGGUCCGGAAGCUGCCGAGCGAGUCCGGAAGUUGCCGAAAGAGAGCAGCGGGGAAGGAGGAUGGCGGAUAUCAUCGCAAGACUCCGGGAGGACGGGAUCCAAAAGCGUGUGCUAAAGGAGGGCCGAGGAGAGCUCCCUGACUUUCAGGAUGGAACCAAGGCCACGUUCCACUACCGGACUCUGCGCAGUGACGAGGAGGGCACCGUGCUGGACGACAGCCGGGUGCGCGGCAAGCCCAUGGAGCUCAUCAUCGGCAAGAAGUUCAAGCUGCCCGUGUGGGAGACCAUUGUGUGCACCAUGCGGGAGGGCGAGAUUGCCCAGUUCUGCUGCGACGUCAAGCAUGUGGUCCUGUAUCCGUUGGUGGCCAAGAGUCUACGCAACAUUGCAGCUGGCAAAGACCCCCUGGAGGGCCAGCGGCACUGCUGCGGCAUCGCCCAGAUGCACGAGCACAAUUCCCUGGGCCACGCCGAUCUGGACGCCCUGCAGCAGAACCCCCAGCCUCUCAUCUUCGACAUCGAGAUGCUUAAGGUGGAGAACCCUGGCACGUACCAGCAGGACCCAUGGGCGAUGACGGAUGAGGAGAAGGCAAAGGCAGUGCCGGUCAUACACCAGGAGGGCAACCGGUUGUACCGCGAGGGCCGCGUGAAGGAGGCUGCCGCCAAGUACUACGACGCCAUCGCCUGCCUCAAGAACCUUCAGAUGAAGGAACAGCCUGGGUCCCCUGACUGGAUGCAGCUGGAUCAGCAAAUCACACCGCUGCUGCUCAACUACUGUCAGUGCAAGCUGGCGGCCCAGGAGUAUUACGAAGUGCUGGACCACUGCUCCUCCAUCCUCAAUAAGUAUGACGACAACGUCAAGGCCUACUUCAAGCGGGGCAAGGCGCACGCGGCAGUGUGGAAUGCCCAGGAGGCCCAGGCUGACUUCGCCAAGGUGCUGGAGCUGGACCCCGCCCUGGCGCCCGUCGUGAGCCGCGAGCUGCGGGCCCUCGAGGCAAGAAUCCGGCAGAAGGACGAGGAAGACAAGGCCCGCUUCCGGGGCAUCUUCUCCCACUGACAGGGCCCCGCUGGCCCGGCCGCCCUGCCCAGCUCGCUGCUGCUGCUACCAGCCCACCCGCCCCCGCUGUAUCAUGCUUCUCUGUAUAUAAAGGCCUUAUUUAUCUCUC